AUGCACCCCUUCCUCUUCCUCUACGAGCUCCUCCAGCGCUUGAUCCACUACCUCUUCUCGCCUCGUCCACCUCCCUCGGCAGAGUAUGCUAGCUCUCAUGACCAAUUCCGUGUAGCGAUCAUCGGUGCAGGGUUGACCGGUGUCAGCUCGGCUGCUCAUUGUAUCGGACAUGGCGUGGACGUAGUCUUAUUCGAGAAGGGCGGAAAGGACAACGUGGGUGGGAUUUGGACGAAAGUGAAUGACACGAGUGGUCUACAGAUCAACUCCCUCAUGUACCGGUUCCACCCUGACGUGACUUGGCACACCGGCUAUCCAACUCGUGCCUCAAUCGUUCGCGAGAUCCGUCACAUCUGGACAAAAUACGAUCUUCAGCCCAAGACUCGGUUCGAUACCGAUGUCAAGCGUGUCUCCCGUUCUCCGCGCAACCAUAAUAAGUGGAUCAUCAACAAUAAUCCGGAUGAGGAGUUCGAUGCGGUGAUUGCGGCUAUUGGGACGUGUGGGGAGCCCAAGAUGGUUCAUAUGCCGGGGAUGGAGAAGUAUAAGGGGACACUUGUGCAUUCGUCCGAGUUGACGAAGCGUGCCGUUGACGUCUAUAGCAAGGAAGUAGCGGUCGUCGGCGGCGGUGCGAGUGCCGUCGAGGCACUCCAGUACUGUGUCGACAAGGGUUCUCGCGAAAUCGACAUCUUGGCUCGAAGCGACAAAUGGAUCAUCCCCCGCCAUCCCCUCAUCGACGCCCUAAUCUCCCUCCAACCCCUCGGCCACGAAACCAUCUUCUCUCGCAUCCCCGAAUUCCUCCUCCGCACCUUCUUCUACCGCGAUCUCAAAUCCAUCGCACCCCCGCCCGGCGGUAAAGGUCUCUUCUCCUCCACGCCAAUGGUUAAUUCCACUGCGCUGGAACUGAUCAGACAGGGGAGGGCAAGGUGGUUGAGGGGUGAUAUCGUCGGUGUGGAUGAAGAUGGGAUCCAGUUCGUUAGAAGGGCACAGGGAGUACCGAAGGGUGGGCCGGGACAUCCGAUGAAGGUUGAGUGUGAUGCGAUUAUUAUGGCUACCGGGUUUCAUCGACCGAGUUUGCAUUUCUUGCCUGAAGGGCUAUUUACAGAGAAGUACACCCCUCCCGCUUGGUUCCUCCAGACAUGGUCUCCGAACGAGUGGAGUAUUCUGGCCAACAAUUGUACCUUCGUCGACGCCAUUGGCACGGCUGGGCAUUUCCAUAUUGGAAUCUACACGCGCAUUCUCAUCAUGUACCUUAAAGAUCCCCGAACCCGUCCUACCAUCGCUCACAUGCGCUCCUGGGUCGACCGCACCAACUGGUUCAAGAAUGGUCCACCUGGCCAACUGGUGGACUUUAUUUUACCUGGCAUGAAUGACAAUUCAGGGAAGGAGAAGGGAGAGACAACGGGGAGUUCUGGAUUUGGGUUCUUCACGUAUGGAGAGUUGUUGGCGUGGUUUGUGGAGUUUAUGUUGUUGAGUUGGACCAGGAUUGGGUGGAUUGGGUUUGUGCUGUUUGGCUGGGAGUAG